AUGUUCGUCUCCGGGCAUAGCAGCGAGCAAAGCAUCUCACACUACAGCGCCAGGCCAUCGGCACCUCAGCUGGAAAGUGUAUCCGACACAAUCUCCAAUGCUCUUCAGUACAACCAAACUCAAAGUACACAAAUUUCUACCGUUUCCAGCACUCCAUCAGCUACACCAUUAAUUGAAAGCUUGAAUCGCAUGGCUUCUAGUGUGUCAAUGUCGUCCGCAUCAGCAAGCUUCCUGAGCGGUUUUUUCAACAACUGCAAUAUUCAAGGCCGUGUGCAAGUGUUCUUCGGGCUUCAGAGCCGCUCUGAUGAGCAUAACUGACUAGAUUUUAGCAGUAUUUUGCAACACAUUUCAAGAUUUCAGAAUCGAAUUUGAGCUUUCGCUGUGAUGUUUUGUUCCACGAAAGGCGAACUUCUCGAUUAAGUUUUGACAGUGGCGUUAUUUCCUUAGCCAAUCACAAUUCGUUGCUGCACCCAGCAACCAAUCAGUUUGCUCCAUUUUGUAUAGAUAACAAAUGACGUCAAAUCACUUUCUUCGCGGUCGGAAAAACCCAUCACGGCCGUGCUUUGUAUCUUCUUUCGAAAUAAAAACGCUUUUAUUUAUUUUUGUUGUUUUAUUAUAUAAAACAAAUAGAUUCCAUUUGGCCGUGCGUCUGUUCAGUUAUAGAUCACAGACCCACUCGCCUAUCGGCUCGUGGGCCACUUUUCUGUUCUUACCACAUUUUGACGUCAUCUGUGAUCUAUAACUGA